CCGGCGCCGGGGGACGAAAGCGAGCGGGAUCGGGCGCCGCGCAGAUGGCCGGGGCGAGCAAGGUCUGAGGCUCCGCUCCCCGAAACGUGACCAUGUGGAUUCAACAGCUUUUAGGACUCAGUUCCCUGUCCGUCCGCUGGCCGGGCCGCUCCCUAGGAAGCCAUGCCUGGAUACUGAUAGCCAUGUGUCAGCUCGCCUUCGACCUGCCCGCCUGUGAGGCCCUGGGCCCCGGCCCUGAGUUCCGGCUGCUGCCGCGGCCCUCGCCCCGGCCGCCCCGCUUGUGGAGUUUCAAGAGCGGACAGCCCGCCCGGAUCCCCGCCCCCGUGUGGAGCCCCCGCCCGGCCCGCGUGGAGCGCAGUCACGGGCAGAUGCAGAGUCCCCGAGCCAAACGGGCACACAGACCCCGGGACCAGGUGGCUGCCCUGGUGCCCAAAGGGGGGCUCGCCAAGCCCCCGGCUGCCGCCAAAUCCAGCCCUUCCCUGGGCGCCUCGCCCUCCUCUGCGUCCCCCGCGGUGGGCGGCGGGGCCCCCACGGACCAGCAGGCCCUCCUCAGGCGCGGCAAGAGGCAGCUGCCGGCGGCCGGCUUCAACAGCUUCGACUUCCGAGGCAGCAGACCCACCACGGAGACCGAGUUCAUCGCCUGGGGGCCCACGGGCGAGGAGGAGGUCCUGGAGGCCCACACCUUUGCCCGCGGCCCUACCACGGCCUCCAGCUUCCAAACGCGGAAGACCACUGUGGCCACCCCCGCCGCAGCCACCACGGCCACCUCUGUGACGCUGCAGACUAAGGGGAUCACUGCGCCCCCAGCCCCCGGGAACAGGGCCCCGGUUGGGGUUAGCACAACGGAGCCUUCCACCAGUCCCAGCAGAGACAGCGGCAAAGACCUGAAGCCCCCGCGGAUUCUGGGAGAGACCUCAGGUCUGGCUGUCCAUCAGAUCGUCACCAUCACCGUGUCCCUCAUCAUGGUCAUCGCUGCUCUGAUUACAACUCUUGUCUUAAAAAACUGCUGUGCCCAAAGUGGGAACCCCCGAAGGAACAGCCACCAGCGGAAGAUCAACCAGCAGGAAGAGAGCUGCCAGAACCUGACAGACUUCACGCCCGCCCGGGUGCCCAGCAGCCUGGACAUAUUCACGGCCUACAACGAGACUCUGCAGUGCUCGCACGAGUGCGUGCGGGCGUCCGUGCCCACGUUCACCGACGAGACGCUGCACUCGAUGGGGGAGUACAAAUCCACGUUCAACGGGAACCGGCCCUCCUCUUCCGAUCGGCACCUCAUUCCCGUGGCCUUCGUGUCUGAGAAAUGGUUUGAGAUCUCCUGCUGACUGGCCGAAGUCUUUUUUACCUCCUGGGGGCAGGCCAGAUGCCACGUGUCUGUUUCAUGGAUUCCGUUGGUGAACCUGUACAAAAUUAAAUUAAAUUAUAAAAACCUAAAACUAAACUCUCUAAGGGGGAGGGUCCCCGCACCUACCACGUCUGUUUGCCGGCGGGGAACUCGGAGCAGGACGCUAUAGGCCAAAUAUAUUUUUAUAAAGAUGCUCGCGCCUAUGGGGCCUGCCUCCCCCGUGCGCUCGGGAGGACGGCGACGAGGGACGCAAGCCAGGACCUGGAGACAGCGAGGGACGCGGACGCCGCGGCAGGGACAGCAAGCGCCCGAGGGAAGCCUGGGAUUUGUACCACGAUUCUGAACCUGUGCCAAUAAUACCACAUGUGCCAUGUACGGACCCGGAAGAUUUGGUGACAUGCCAAAGCCGAGAGAGCCACACGUAGACGUCUCCCAGAAAACAGGGGUGGGAGUCUCUUCCGGUAGAGUUGCUAUUUCUG